AUCGACCAUAAACCCAAGACCACAUACACAAAGUCAGAAAGCUUUAUUCAACCCAUCGGAGAGCUCUACAAAUACAAAUUGCUCCUCCAUUCACUUCUGCCUACAAACUACAAUGAAGACUUCAUCCCUACUACUAUUCUCCUUGCUUCUCAUUGCCCUUGCUUUCAACCCUCUCCCUGGGGCUGCCGAAGCUGCACCUGAUCCAGUGCUUGACAUUGAGGGAAAGCAGCUCCGAUCUGGGGUUGAUUACUACAUCCUGCCGGUCAUCCGUGGGAGAGGCGGCGGCCUCACCGUGGCGAGCGUCAGGAACAAGACCUGCCCGCUGGAUGUGGUCCAAGACAAGCUGGAGGUAUCACAUGGUCUCCCAUUGACGUUUACUCCAGUGAACCCCAAGCAAGAUGUGAUCCGAGUGUCCACUGAUCAUAACAUCAAGUUCUCUGCUGCCACAAUCUGUGCACAAUCCACUGUGUGGAAGCUUGAGUAUGAUGAAUCAACGGGACAACGGUUUAUCACGACAGGGGGGGUUGAAGGGAACCCGGGGCGUGCAACUUUGAGCAACUGGUUCAAGAUUGAGAAAUAUGGAGAUGAUUACAAGCUGGUCUUCUGUCCAACAGUGUGCAACUUCUGCAAGGUGAUUUGCAGAGACGUGGGCGUUUAUAUCCAGAAGGGAUACAGGCGUUUGGCUUUAACAACUGAUGCGCCAUUCAGGGUUAUGUUCAAGAAGGCUUGAGGAUUUGCUAAUAACAAACAUUAAUGCCGUUUUUGUUGUUUUUCUUUUCUGCCAAACAACAUAUUCUACAUGAAUUCUCUGCUGAAAACUCUUAAGGAAUAGUGUGUCUGCUUCCCUGGGAUCGUAAUAAAUAAGAGAUGAACAA